GCGGGAUCCCAUCUGAUGUGUUGUAUAAAUACGACACGUUACGCAGCCAACCACAAGACUGCCAACGUAUUGAAGACAGGAGUCCUCAUCUUUGGCAAGAUGGCAUUUGCUCUUCGCUUGUUGUUCCUCGUCUGUGGGAUCAGUGGACUGUUGACUGGAGUUUGGUCUUUUAAAAAGAUUGACUUCAAAGAUAAUAACUGUCCCAAAGGGUGGACCCGGUUGGACUGUAACUGUUACAUCUACCAAGAUGAUCCGAGGACCUUUGCAGAUGCUGAGAGCGUCUGCAACAUUCUCGAAGCGAAUCUUGUUUCCAUCCACAACGACCUGGAAAAUGCGUUUGUCGUCCAACUGGCUCGAGCGGGUGGUAAUGAUGACCUAACCUGGAUUGGAUUCACUGAUGCAAUUGAGGAAGAUGAUUUCAUCUGGACUGAUGGCACGGAACAGGAUUUCUUUAACUUUGAUCAAACUCCAAGUCCCGCAGAGCCUGAUGGCACCGGGGACUGUGUUGUCCUUGCUGAGGAUGAUGGCUUUUGGCAGGAUCAAUCAUGCACAGAUCCGGAACCAUAUGUUUGCAUCAAAGAGGUGUCCCACUAAGCAUUUCUCUUACUGUAUCUUCCUGCUUCCUGUCACAGUAGAAUUUACUGGUCAUGAUGAAUCAGUGAAAUUUUGUGAAUUGGUGACUCAUUCUCUGGGUUUACUAUCAACUUUGCUUGUUUUUCAACAAUGCUCAAUUA